AUCAAUCGAGGGCGGGAGCGAUGUCGGGGCGGGGGAAGGGAGGGAAGGGCCUGGGGAAGGGCGGGGCGAAGCGCCACCGGAAGGUGCUGAGGGACAACAUCCAGGGGAUCACGAAGCCGGCCAUCCGCCGCCUGGCCCGGCGCGGUGGCGUGAAGCGCAUCAGCGGUCUGAUCUACGAGGAGACGCGCGGCGUGCUCAAGAUCUUCCUCGAGAACGUCAUCAGGGACGCCGUCACCUACACGGAGCACGCCAGGCGCAAGACCGUCACCGCCAUGGACGUCGUCUACGCCCUCAAGCGCCAGGGAAGGACCCUUUGUUUUUUUGUUUUUGGUGGUGUAAAAAGUCCGGUUUCGAAAUUGCGAUUCUGUUGGCUUAUCUGAUCAUUGUAACGGUGACGGGUGCUCCUGGAUUUGUACCACUUUAUGUUUGCAACUCGGUGAUUUUUUCCCCUCUCAUUUGCUUGUGAUUCUGUGACUUGGUGGCGGUCUCCUCUUGGAUUUAUGUGCUCAAUUGUAUCAGGU